AUGUCACAGACUCAGCCUCCCCCAGCUCUUCCCCAAUACUUGCAAGAAAAUGAUCUCAGCCAAGAAACCAGAGACAUGAUAUCCACUCUGCCUAGAGAUCAAGGUUGGAUUUCAAAUCAUGUCUAUCAGUACCAAGGUUUUUGGCUCACAACUAUUCAGAUAGAAGGAGUCUUGUCGUUCCAAGAAAACUUCCGAGCCCAAGAUUCUGAUAUCUUACUUGUUGCUACUCCCAAAUCAGGCACCACUUGGCUCAAGGCAAUCUUGUUUUCCCUAGAGAAUAAACGAGGAGAGUAUUAUCAUCCAGAGCCUCAAGACCACCCCUUGCUCACAAAAAACCCUCAUGUUCUUGUUCCCUAUUUGGAGAUUGGUUUGUACCUUCGGAAACCGGUACCUGACCUCAUGACCUCCUAUGCCCCUCCUCGGCUCUUUUCAAGUCACUUACCACUUGUGUCUCUGCCGGAAUCAGUCAAAGACUCUGCUUGCAAGGUUGUCUAUCUGUGUAGGAACCCUAAGGACACAGUUGUUUCACUCUGGCACUUCGCAAACAGAAUGCGACCCGAGAGUUGGGGAAGCAUUUCACUUGAAGAAGCUUUGAAAAUGUUCUGCAGGGGAGUGAGUUUGUAUGGACCCUUUUGGGAUCAUGUCUUGGGGUACUGGAAUGAGAGCUUGAAAAGGCCUGAAAGUGUAUUUUUCAUCACAUUUGCGGAACUGAAAGAACAGCCCGGUUUUCAGUUGAGGAGGCUAGCCGAGUUCUUGGGGUGCCCGUUUUCCCCAGAAGAAGAGGCACAGGGAGUGGUGGAAAACAUCUCAAGGCUGUGUAGUUUUGAGAAUCUGAGCAAUUUGGAUGUGAACAAAAAUGGCGUGGAGCAUAGUGCUUUCUUUUGCCAACUAUGUCAGAUUAUCUAA